GUCAGGAACUCACAAUAAUAAUAAUCAAGAUCAGCAAUGUCGGACCCACAAUCCGUCGGCGUUGAUCCCGACCUCGGCACCGCCCCGAAGAGACAUAAUGAUGUUUACACGGCGAUAAGCACCGACACACUCGCAUCGAGCAUGCAAGGACGCGUGGUCCUCGUUACGGGCGCAGGUCGUGGGAUUGGUCGAGCCAUUGCAUUCUCUUUUGCGCGUGCCGGGGCAACCGGCCUUGCGCUUCUUUCGCGUACCGCUAGCGAGUUACAUUCUCUCGCCGCGGAAAUAUCGUCGUCGCACCCCGAGACGAAAACACUUGUAUGCGUUGCGGAUGUUACGGAUCGUACCACUCUCACGGCGGUCAUAGAGAAUAUUGAGAAAGAGUUGGGUGUGGUGAGCGUAUUAGUUGCCAAUGCUGCCGUCUUCGCCUCUCGACCCUUUGCAUACACGCCAGGUGAGGAAUGGUGGAAGACGAUGGAAGUCAAUUAUAAGGGUCCAAUGAUCCUCACUGAGCUGGUCUUGCCUGGAAUGCGUGCACAGAAUGAGGGAUCAAUCAUAUUCAUUUCUAGCAGAGGGGGGUGUUUGAACUUGGUUGGUAGCCUGGCAUACAGUGCAUCAAAAUCAGCCCUGAUUCGCGCUUGUGCCUGUCUUCAAGGCGAACUUGAUAUAGAGGCGGGCGAUCGCUCUGGUAUCCACAUGUAUUCAUUACAUCCAGGCCAUGUUAGGACUCAGAUAGUGAUGAACGGGGUACAUCCUGAUAUUGAUAAAAUGAAGAAAGGCAUGACUGAAGCCUUUCGGAAGGUGCUUGACAGUCACCAUUAUGAUGACAGUUCAGAGCUCUGUGGCCAAACAUGUGUUUACCUUGUGACAGGACGUGCCUCUGCGUUACGUGGGCGGUUUAUUGAUGCCACAGAUGACAUUGAGGACCUUGUUCGCCAGUCAGACAUUAUCCAGCGCCUAAACUUGUACGACCUCGAAGCAAGGAUGCUUGGAGGUGGGGUUGUCAAUGACAAGGAAUGGCAGGAACAGCACGUCGAUUGACAUGAUAUAUAAUUAUAAUGAAAAUAAAUUUGUUUGUUUAGAAGUCGUGUCCAUGUUCUUUGUUUGGACAGGACUCAGAUGGUGCAUGAUGAAGGCUGGCUGCAUUUAUUUUGACCUCGAAGAGAACUUCGAAGUCAUGUAUGUAUCAAUCCAAGGCCAUCCCCAAUAAUAGC